AUGUUGGUCUCUGUGUGUGUGUGUGUCUCUCUCUCUCUCUCUCUCUCUCUCUCUCGGAUUAGUUAUUGUGCACUUCAUUGACUCACUGAAGUGUCUCUUGCCUGCCAAACCAAUGAACAUUUCUGGGAUUGUAUAGCAUUGAGAAGUGCUGAACUGGUAUAAACAAAGAAGCAGAAAGUGGUUCUGCUAGUAUGAAAAUGAUGUGGUUUUUUUAAUGACAAUUCACAAGGUUUCCCAAACAGAUUAUAGUCACUCUGGAUUUCUCACACCCACACAAAAAUAUUCUUCAAACAAGGGUAAUUCCGAAUGCAAAACGUUUGCGUUAAAUGAGAUCGUAACAUUUCAUAUACACACUUAGUCUUAUAUAGUCUUAUAUUUAAUCGAUGUGGGAUCAUAACAUUUCGUAAUCGAUGUUUUCGUAACCGACGGCUGCGAUGAUUCAUUUUAUCAAAACUGAUCCACCAAUAAUUUUUUUUUUACUGUUCUAUUGGCCUUUUAAUAUAGUAUUAUGUUCAUAUAUAAUAUAAAAUUAUCUUAAUCAAGGCUAUAAGUCGUACCCAAUCACAUAGAGCUGCAGCUCACUGCGUUCGAAAUAUUACGAUUCCACGUGGAUUAAAAAUAAGUGUAUAUAAACUCUGCACCCAUCCGUGCAACUGAUUUUCAGGGGAAGUUAUAUGAGUUCCUAACACUGUCCACCAUUGCCUGGCAGUGUAACUUUCCCUCACUUUCUCCCUCUAUCUUUCAUGAAUGAAAACUUUUUCCGGAAGCCUAGCGACCCAUCAGCCUACAUAUAUCAAGCUCUCCUCCGAGCUGGUCCGCGUGUCAAUCUUCUUCACCAAGCCCACGCCCAACUCAUUGUCACCGGUUGUAGCUUCAGCCUUCGACUCCUCACCAAACUCACCACCUUAGCCUGCAUUUCAGGCUCAAUUGUCUAUGCUCGCCAACUUUUCUUUUCCAUUCCAAACCCCGACUCUUUCCUCUUCAGUUCCCUCAUCAAAGCCUCGUCAAAGUCUCAAAUUCCUCUGGAAACUGUCCGUUUUUAUCGGCACAUGCUUGUCUCCAAUAUUUCACCUUCUAAUUACGUUUUUACGGCAGUUAUAAAAUCUUGUGCUGAAUUAUCGGUUAAGAAACUUGGAAGAGCUGUUCAUUGCCAUGUUUUGGUAAAUGGUUAUGGAUCGGAUGUGUUUGCACAGGCUGCAUUGGUGAGUUUCUAUGCAAAAUGCGGUGAUUUGAUAGUUGCCAGGAGAUUAUUUGAUGAAAUGCCGGACAGAACAGUUGUUGCGUGGAAUUCCAUGAUUUCAGGGUAUGAGCAAAAUGGUUUGGCUGAGGAGGCUAUUGGGUUGUUCAGUCAAAUGCGGAAUUUGGGUGUUGGGUUUGAUUCGGCCACUUUUGUGAGUGUGUUGUCUGCGUGUGCUCAAGUGGGAGCUCUUGCGUUGGGUGGUUGGGUGCAUGAGUAUGUAAAGAGCAAUGGUUUUCAUGUGAAUGUGGUUCUUGGCACUGCAUUGAUUAAUAUGUAUUCUAAAUGUGGACAUGUGAUCAAAGCGCGUGGUGUUUUUGACUCAUUGAGUGAAAGGAAUGUUGUUGCAUGGACAGCUAUGAUUUCAGGGUAUGCCCUGCAAGGUCAUGGUAGGGAAGCCAUUGAGCUCUUUUAUCUGAUGAGAGCCCAUAGACAACCUCCCAAUGAUAUUACAUUUGUUGCCAUCUUAUCGGCGUGUGCUCAUACUGGACUAAUCCAGGAGGGUCGACAGGCAUAUGAGAGCAUGAAGCAAGAUUAUGGCUUGGUGCCAGGAGUGGAGCACAAUGUUUGUAUGGUUGAUAUGCUUGGUCGUGCUGGAUUUCUGAAAAAAGCAUUUCAAUUCAUCAAAGACUUAUAUCCUGUCAAGCCAGCACCAGCAGUGUGGACUGCAAUGCUUGGGGCUUGCAAGAUCCACAAGAAUUUUGAUCUUGGAGUUCAAGUUGCUGACCAUCUCUUAGCUGCUGAACCGGAAAGUCCAGGCAAUUAUGUAUUGCUUUCUAAUAUGUAUGCAUCAGCUGGGCGUAUGGAUCGAGUGGAAACCAUUAGAAAUGUGCUGAUCCAAAAAGGCCUAAAAAAACAAGUGGGUUAUAGCACAAUAGAGGUCUAUCAGAAGACAUACUUAUUUAGCAUGGGUGAAAAAUCCCAUCCCAACACAGCUGCAAUCUAUCAAUACUUAGAUGAGCUGAUACAGAGGUGUAGGGAUGCAGGUUAUAUACCAGCAUCUGAGUCUGUAAUGCAUGAAUUGGAAGAAGAGGAGAGGGAAUAUGCCCUUAGAUACCAUAGUGAGAAGCUUGCAAUAGCAUUUGGGCUCUUGACAACCAGCCAUGGGAUGGCCAUCAGGAUUGUAAAGAACCUUCGUACUUGUGAGGACUGCCACAUGGCUAUCAAGUUCAUUUCAGUUAUUUCUAGCAGAGAGAUUAUUGUUCGAGAUAAGCUUCGCUUUCACCAUUUCAAGGACGGAUCUUGUUCUUGUAUGGAUUACUGGUGACUAACGACACUUUCUAGUCUAUUUGUUUUAGAAAAAAUGUUCUAUGA